CGCGGUUGCACGCUUGUAGGGAUGCGGGGUUAUUUUGCGAUGCUGUGGAAAUAAAAAUUACACUCUGCUGUUCCCCCAGUGACCUGACAGCAGCUGAAGGCCAAGAUGUUGACCGACAUCCCUCGGGACGCUCUCCUGCGUCCGCUGACCCGGAAUGAAGUGGUUGGGAUGUUGGUGAGGCUCACCAUCUUUGGAGCAGCGACGUAUUACAGCAUCAAGUGGGUGGUAGAAGCUCUGGACCCGACGCAGAAGCAGAAAUCACAGGCCAAGAAACGGGCUGAGCGGCUGAUGAAGCAGAUCGGGGUGGAGGGAGUCAGUCUGAAUGAGUAUGAGAUGAAUAUCGCCACUCACCUCGUCGAUCCUCGCAGUAUGAAGGUAACGUGGAGGGAUGUUGCGGGUCUUGAUGAUGUCAUCACAGAGAUGCAGGACACCGUCAUCCUGCCCUUCCAAAAACGGCACCUGUUCCGCGGAUCCAAACUCUUCCAGCCUCCCAGAGGUGUGUUAUUAUACGGCCCACCUGGUUGUGGGAAAACCUUAAUCGCCAAGGCAACAGCCAAAGCAUCAGGAUGUCAGUUCAUCAACCUCCAGGCCUCCACUCUGACGGACAAGUGGUACGGCGAAUCACAGAAGCUCACCGCCGCUGUGUUCUCAUUGGCUGUCAAGCUCCAGCCCUGCAUCAUUUUCAUCGAUGAAAUAGAUUCAUUUUUAAGGAAUCGGUCCAGUCUGGAUCACGAGGCCACUGCAAUGAUGAAGGCCCAGUUUAUGAGUCUGUGGGACGGCCUGGAAACUGGAGCAUGCACUCAGGUGAUGGUGAUGGGAGCCACUAACAGACCACAGGAUGUAGAUGCAGCUAUUCUCCGAAGAAUGCCCACAGCCUUCCAUGUAGGACUGCCUAAUGCAGCUCAGAGGCAGGAGAUCCUUCGACUGAUCCUGUCAGGAGAAAACCUGAGUAACGCGAUUAACCUGAAGGAGAUCGCGGAGAAGACGGAGGGUUAUUCAGGCAGCGAUCUGAGGGAGCUCUGCCGUGACGCCGCCAUGUACCGCGUCAGAGACUACGUCCGCAAACAGCAGAUGAAACAAAUCGCUCAGCAGUUUCAGCUGGACGAUGAUGAGGAGGAGGAGCCAGUGGACGGCGCCCGGCUGCGCCCGGUGACUCAGCUGGACCUGCUGUUUGGACUGGAUAAGAUGAGAGAGUCCAAACAAGCUACAGCCACAGCGAACGCUAACCUCAGAGAAGUGCCGCUGGACUGAACACAGGCCAGAGAACAUUCCUCUCUUAAAGGAGCAGAUCAGUGAAAAAACAAAUUUGCACAGUUUUCCCCACCUUUACUGCAAAGGUAGUCAAAACUGUGGACAAAAUUCAAACUCCAGGAUGCCUGCACUGUCAGAAAUAAAGGUUCUGUUCAGGUACGUUUUUCGUUCAUCAAGGUACAAACAGUGUAAAUGUUCCCUCAA